UACACAUUUACCGCUUAGUGCCCGGAUGACAUUUCCCCUGACGGAGAGAGCUGUGUAUUUCGUACUAUAGUACAAAAUUAUCGAAUAUGGGAAAUGAGAACAGUCUGCCUAUGGAGCUAUGCUCCACAUUUGAUGUUGAUGAAAUCAAGCGCCUUGGAAAAAGAUUUCGCAAAUUGGAUCUGGACAAUUCUGGAUCCUUAAGCAUAGAUGAGUUUAUGUCUUUACCGGAGCUACAACAGAACCCUCUCGUUCAGAGGGUCAUAGACAUAUUUGACACAGAUGGCAAUGGAGAAGUAGAUUUUAAAGAAUUCAUUGAAGGAAUUUCACAGUUCAGUGUAAAAGGUGACAAAGAAUCGAAGUUGAGAUUUGCAUUCAAGAUUUACGACAUGGAUAAGGAUGGGUACAUUUCCAAUGGAGAGCUGUUCCAAGUUUUGAAAAUGAUGGUGGGUAACAACCUUAAAGACACCCAACUGCAGCAGAUUGUCGAUAAAACCAUCAUUCACGCAGACGCUGAUGGUGAUGGGAAAAUAUCAUUUGAGGAAUUUUGUGCAGUUGUAGGUACAAUGGAUGUUCAUAAGAAAAUGGUGGUGGAUGUAUAGGUUCCAACUGUGUUCACAGCUUUCAUUUUUACUACUGUUACAUGACACCUUUUCCUCCACAUCUUUGUUAUUGCAAGCAAAUCUUCAGAUGCUCCUGUUCAGUAUCGGCAGUCAUUUGCCUCAGCACAGAAUGCACGCACCUCUUUAGCUGGACUCCAUGUGAUUGGCAACUUCCAUUUGAACACUGACAUCAAGCUUCUGAAAGACUUCUUGAUUAAAAAACGGCAAUUGUUUGAACACAGAGACAUGGUUAUGACUGCUUCUGUCCUCGACAAGUGAAAUUAACGGCUUCAUCUUGGACCUGCCUUCAGGCCAGCCUCUUUAGAUUCUAGUGUUUAGGAGAUUGCCAUCAGAUGAAGAAGCAGCAGUUCUGAUAGUAUAUGAUAGUACAUGGAGGCAGCAUCUGGUCCUUUGUAAAACCAAGAGGAAAAAAAAAAGGAGUUAAUUUUAAGUCUCCAGAGAUCUGUUGCCUUUUGUGUGAAUCAUUUUCUUUGAUAUUUUUGAUAUCUUUGCAGUUUUAGCAAAUAUAUCAAAAAAGAUUUAUGGCCAGUAGCUGAAAUAAACGUAGUUAAUUAGCAAAAUAACAGUUUGACAUGAGAGAAGAUUCCCUUUCACUGCUUCAACUAGUAUGCAGUGAAAUUGACCAUGUCAGUACUUAAUUACAUUUAAGUGGUACAUAAGCUUGUCUAUAUGAGCAUUGAUUGUGAACAUUGUAGCAAAGAGGCUGGCCUGUGGUAUAUUUCAUGCAAGGGUUGACGAUCCAAAGACGUUCCCGGUGGACGCAUUGCAGUACUAGCAGUGAACCCUUGGCAGCGUGCACAGUUUAAGGAUUUUACUUUUUUGAGACAGAGUGCAGAUUGGCCACAAUAUCAAGAGUGAAGUGUCUGUAUGGGUUAUUACAUCUAGAAUCUGGCUUAGCUGCAGAUUUAGCAUACAUUAUCUGCUGCAUUUUUGAUUGUACUGGGGUCAUAGUUGAAAGGUUGCAUGUUGCAGUAUGUUAUCAGAUGUUGAUCACCCCAUGUUUGCACUGCAUAGAGAUCUGAGAUUUGGCAUUUAAUAAGAAAUAAUGCACGCAGCAAUUUGUCUGUACUGGUGCUUGAAGGGCUGUUGUUGUUUGCUUUGGAUUUUGAGCUUUGUGAGGUCUUUAAUGUUGCUUUUAGUUACCACUGGUUGGUUGUUACUUGUUUUAGCUUGUUUUUAGCUGAAGAUCAGUUUGGAAUGUUUCUGAGAUAUAAGGAAUAAACACAAAAGAUGCAGACUCACACAUGCCUGCAUAUGUGUGCACAAGUUUUAAACACCAAUGCAUUUGCACACAUACCUCAGCACAUGUACUUGUGUUCUUUUCCAGGAAAAGGGAUGUGUGUCACUGGUACGUUCAGUGGCUUGUUGAUAACAUUUGGUAGAAAAUAAAGGAAGAGUCAGUUUAUAUUGGGUGAAAUAAUUUAGCAUGGGUUUUUGAAAUUUUAAUUCUCUUAUUUUAUUCCAAAAAAACAAGUUUUAUAUAUAAACACGUGGUGCAGCUUGAGAAAUGCUGAAAAAAGUUAAUUCUCCUUACAGAUAUUUCUGUUUAUAAAAUGCUGCAUAUAUGUAUAUUCCACAUCUAAAGCAUUAGCAAUAAUGCUAGCAGUAUCAAUAAACAGGAUGAUUCUUUAUAUUAUAUAUAUAUACAAUUUCCAGGAUGCCAGCGGAUAUAGUCAUUUAUAAAUUUUUGUAUAGUUAUCAUACGAGCAUUGUCUUUGUUGAAUACUGUUAUUCUUGGCGUAAUCAGUUUGCCAAAAUUUUUUUUUUUAACCACUUCUUUUUUGUUUUAGUACUUUAUUGAAUAGCGUGAUAUACAAAGCCUCUGUGUUUGAAGCAUUAACUCAAUUAAAAAAAUACAAAACAAUGCAUUGCAUUGCAUGAUUACAAGCUCAGAAAAAUUGUUCUAUUAUUUUACGAGAGUUGGAUUAGUAUUGUUAUGUAAAGAAUUUAAGUUUUUUGUUCAGAUCCCAGUUCAGCUGAGCAAAGUGAUGCACGAUUUACUGCAUAGGUUACUUUUAUUGCCUACAGAAAUUGUGGUAGAAAUAGCUUGUACACUAUAGAGAUGACUCGACUUCAGCUUGUGCAACACUUCACAUUCUGCUUUCUGGGAUCAAGUGGGUGGGCUUCCCAUUUUCAAAUGCUAGAUGUUGCAUAAUUUAUAUAGAUGCAUAAUUUUGUUGUUUAAAAGCUGUCGUGGUGAUUGACAACCAGUUAAAAAAAAGAGCAGCUGAUGUCCAUAACCUUGUAAGCGAUCAUACAAUCUUAAACAUGUUAAAGUGAUAAUCACCUGCUUUGUUAGUUAAUAACUUAAACAUCUGAUCAUAAUGAUUCAGUUUGUAAUUAGGUUUCAGACAACUCAGCAUAUUAGAUGACAUUUUAUUGUGGUUUUUUUGUGUGUGUGUGUUGCUCGCUGCUGGGCAUAUUAUGAAAAUCUUGUUUAGUCCCCUUUUUCCAAGGUCCAACAGAGAGAAUACAAGAGAGUUUCAGUCCUGCUUAAAUUUCAUGCUUGCACUCAAAAGUGUUAGAUAAGACACGAGAGUGCAUUUAAAUGACAGGUCUGUUUUUCAACAGCUGCUUCCAUUCCUAGUUGCCUUGCGGAGAAGGACAUUUACUUUUUUUUUCAGCUGGUGUAUGGCAUUUAUGUAUAGUUCUUAUAGUCAACCUCUGUUUUUCUUUUUCGUCCACUCUGUUGAAGUAUGCCCCUCAUCUCUGUCAUUCUCAUACAAAUUUCAAAACCCAUUUCAUGGAAUGUUAUUGCUGGUUUGGUAGAAGAAACUAGGAUGAGAAGAGACAUGACUGAACAGUUGACUUUCUUAGUUGUAAUGCUCAGUUUUUCCUCCCUCUUUUUGUAAAAGUUAUGACAUAAUCUGACAGUAGAUGUGCAGUCUUUGGCUUAAAAGAUAGUAUUAUACUUGUCUGAUGAUGGAUGGGCAGUAAGGUUGUAAAAUAGCUAAAUAUAACCCAGCAGGAAGAUAGCUCAUUGUGUUAACUGAAGUAGCGCUGCUGAUGCCAAAAUGUCCACUUAAAUUUCAGGUCAGUGGAAGUACAGGAUAAUAUUUUUGUAAAUCUUUUUUAAUUUGUGUUUUAAUCUGCAUGAAAUUUAAAGAUAGGAAAAAGGGAAAGUCUCUUUCCUUCAGUAAUAAUCUAAAAGUUUAUCAUCUUAUGAUAAUUUUUGGCAAUGCUCAGUUUGAUAAGGUGGUGUGUGUGUUUGUGUGCAUGCACAAGUGAAUUAAUAAUUUUGAAACAUUGUGAGUGUAUCAUUGAUCAUUGUUUUCUGCGACAUCAACAAAUUUAUAUGCAGUUUUUGUGCAUACAUGCAUAAUCACACUGUAAUUGCUGUCUGAACAGUAACAUGUCUCUCUGCAGAAUGGGCAUUUAGUCACAGCAGAAGAUUAUCAAAUGUGGUUGUGGAUUUAUGCUCAUUUAGGAAAGAAGCCAGAGAGACUAUAUUGAAAACUUAACCAUAAAUAUUUCUGAUUUUAUUGUUUUUUUUUUUAUUUAAUGUUAUACACCAGUUCUUUAGAGAAGAUCUUUAUCGUGGAGGAAAAUGCAUCGUGUUAGUGCAAAUAAUUUUUUUUAAAAAACCAUAGCAGAAAAACUAGCAAGUUAAGCAAUUAUUUGUUGGUGUCAUGUAGGAUAGAUACAUUUAAUCCUGUUUUGAUAAGUACAUUGUUAACAAAAAAUAUACUUUCUAAAAAUUUGACAAGAUAUAUUAUUCUUUAGAAUUAAAACUAGACAUAAUAGAUUAUAAUAGAAUUUAUAUCAAGCAGAAAUAAUUGCAGUGGUAGAAACUUUCAAAAGUAAUGCUUGCAUUCGCCAGCAGAUGGUCAUAGUAGUUUCAACAGAAGAAUCUGACAAAUAUUUUCACAAACAUCUUUUAAACUUGUAUUAUCCAAUGCUGCUAUCAUUCCACCUUCACAGACUUUUACAGCAUCUUUUUCUUUAUUUUUUAUUGCUUCAUUUUGGUUUACCCAACAUAUUGCUUUGAGUUGCAUUUGUAGCUGUUUAUCUAAUUUGCUUUCUUGCUUUGUGUAAAGUAUUUUUUUAAUUGAUAUGUCUUUAAGACUUAAGUGGACUGGGACCUGCUGGUCAAUGGUAGAGAAUGGAGAGAAAAAGCAAAAGCUGGUGGUAAUAUUGUCAAAUGCCCCCCAUGAUAAUGAUUAGUCAUUAGUUAAAUGAAUUGAUUAUUUUAAUGACUGAUAAAGUGCACAAGACUGGUUACCUCCUCAUAAGAUAAAUAUUUAAGAAAACCAUGGUAUUUCAAUGAUCCAGCAUAAUUGUUUGCAUAUUACAGAAAAGUGAACUUUAGGAACAAGAUUCAUUUAUUAGAAUAGGGAUUUGUUUCAUUUACUGUUUAAUAAUUGGUAUUUCUUUUUAUUAUUUUUAUGAUCAUAUUCAGGUAUAGUAACAAAAGCAAAAGUCUUUGUUUCUGUGCCAUAGCAUUUUUCACUGUUUUCUGUCUGUGAUUGACAUCAUUAUGGAGAACUUGAGAAUAAAGCUCAUGUGCAAAACAGCUGAAAAUGAACAACUUUUGUACUCUUCAGCAGCUGUAGCAUGUGAUACAAAGGACAAAACAUUUUCUGGAGCCAUUGUUAGCCAUUGCUGCAUUUACAAUGUGGCCAGUGUUUAAUGUUAUUGAUAUGCUGAACACAGUGAACCACCAAGUGAACAGUAGAGCAUGGGACGCUUUUGAUCGUAGCUUCUCUUUAAAUACAUCUCUUCAGUUCCUGUGUGUUGUCCAGAAAUUUAUCAAGCAAUGGAGCAACAUCUUGUAUUAACAACACUCUCUUAAUACAAGAUGUUGCUCCCUUGCUUAAUAAAUUUCAUUCAUUCAUCCCUUGACUUGUAUCAGCCAAUAACCUGCUAUGAUAGUCCACCUGAACUGGUUGUUGGGGAAAACAUCUGGAUAGACAUAGUGGUUGUCAAGUGUUGAUAAGAAUGCAUUUCAGUCAUCUCAGUUUUAGUGUCAUAUAAUGUCAGUUUUUAUUUUCCCUGUGAGUUAUUAUUUCGAAAGGAAUGUUUAUCUUUCCAUGUAUAUUAUGGUUUUUGCUCUUUUGUAAACUGCUAUGAUAGUCCUUAAAGUAAGGUGUGAAAUGAUUUUUCAAAAAAAACCGCUUAUUUUUAUUUUCCAAGUUAUGGCCACAUCAGUUAAAAAAAAAAAAAACACAUCCUAACUAACUGAGCCUUUUGCUACAUUGUACAGCUCAUUCUUUACAAAUUACAGGAAAGUGACAUCUGUUCUUGAUGAUUUAAGAAUAAUUGCCACAAUGAUAUUAAUUGGCAUAGUUAUUACAUACUUUAAUUGUGCUUCUGGAGGCAGGGUGUCAUAAAUUAGUCUUACAGAGUAGUGUUAUCAUUUUGUCUUUAUUGUAUAAGAAUGUUAACAGGUAUGCUAUAAUUCCCAGCAGUGAUAGUAAGGCAAGUUGUUAUUGCAUUAUUUACAUUUAUUGUUGCAGCAGCUUAAAAAUUAUUUGCCAAGGUCAGAAGUCUUUGAGAUGCAUUUUCAUAACCAUAUCUUAGUAUUCAUCUGCCUACAAAAUUGUAAUGUUUUAGUGCAGUAAUGUUAUUAAGACAGUUUGAAUUUUAAACAUCUGUUGGGAACAUGCGCCACAUGUGAUCACACAAUAAACAGUGAUCAACUGGCCUAUAUGUGCAGACAAUGAAAGGAUCAUUUUCAGUCAUUGAAGGAUGCACCACAAAGAUGACUCAUGCUUACAUGUUGUGCAAACCAAAUUCCUGUUUCUGGGACACACUGAUUCAAGAAAGGACUACACCUGUCAUGUCAAAAUAAUGUGAUUACAUAACUGGACAAGAUGUUAAAUAUUCUUUUAUAAAAACCAAUUUAUUUUUCUUGUUAUGUGUGCAUCUUCUCAUCAGCAUCAGUGUUGUUGCAAGAAACAUUUCUUCUGUCAUGGUGUGGAGAAGACCUAAGCAACACCUAAAAUUGUGAUUCACAUUUUUGUUGGAGUCAUUAAUUAGUAUAUGGAGGUUGGCUUUUUAUAUAUAUAUAAAAAGGAAAUGCUUGAGAUCUGUAAAUGAGAUUCUAGCUAGAAGUAUUUAUGUAGUCAAUCAAAAAGGCACAUUUUAUUAAUUCUGUUUAUCUACAUCAAGUCCAAUAUUAACUUUUUUCAUGUUUUGCAUUGGUAUUGUUAUUGCUUAAAUUUAGAUCACACCUCCACCCACCCUGCUUUUAAAAAACACCAAGUUUUGUGGGUAACUUGGUUAGGACAGUAUGUUGGUAUUUUAGAUUACUUUGGAAAAAGCCCCAUAGAAAGUAUAUGAAUUGCUAACUGACCACAGGAAAGGUUUCAUCAGUCUGCUUUGACUAAUUUGUUCUUAAAUACUCCAAGCACAUCUGUAUCAAUCUAGCCCCUCUCCAUCCUUCGUUUUCAUUAUGUAUGCAAAACUAACCCCAGAGUUGAAGUGUUCCCUUUUUUAUACCUGCUACAUUUUCACGUUUUACAAAUUUUAGCUAGAAAAUUUUUAAUCUGUGGAAUGUUGUUAAUAAGAAUUUAAAUAUCUUCCCAUUUUAAAGCAUUUUUGCAUCUUCAACAUGGAUCUACUAAAUCUCAUUUGUGUUGUAGACUAAAGGUUUGGCGCUGCUCUUUGGUUCCGUCAUUCACAAGCAUUAUACGUCCUUCACUGUUUUAAUUUAAUCUGUAAUUUACACUAUUUCCCAUAUACUAAAUACUAUUGUAUGUAUUUAUCAUGAAUGUUGAUAUAAUGCUGCAGCACAGUUCUUAAUUGCAUUGAUCCCUCUGUCAUCAAACAGCCUGAAAUAAAAACCUUUAAGCACA